CUUGAUUCCUAACUGCGCUUGCACUGCAGUCUGCAGUCGGUCCAUGAUCUUCUGAAUCCGGGCCCCGCACCUCACAUAAGAUACCCAUUUCACCGAGGCGGGAUUCACUGCGACCUCUGCGGUCAUGGACGUCAUCAAAGCUGUUGAGACUUAUGUCUCGAAACUUGUUUCGACGCCGUCAUCCAUGAAAGUUCUUCUCCUAGAUGCACACACCACUCCCAUCGUCUCGCUGGCGUCCACGCAAUCCACCCUCUUGUCUCAUCAGGUCUACCUCACAGAUCGCAUCGACAACCAGAAACGAGACCGUAUGCCGCAUAUGAAAUGCAUCUGUUUCCUCCAGAGCAGCGAGGAGAGUCUGGAGGCUCUUCAAGUAGAACUCCGCGAACCAAAGUACGGAGAGUAUUAUCUCUGUCAGUGGACUUCAGCAAUGUCCUGAGCAAAGCGGUUAUUGAGCGGCUCGCGGAGGUUGAUGAAUAUGAAGUUGUGCGAGAGGUCCAGGAAUAUUUUGCAGACUACUCUCCACUGCUACCAGCACUCUUCUCGUUGAAUCAUAUGCCGACGGUGCAAAAGCCUCUGUAUGGUUCCACGCCCAACGCGUGGGAUUCAGCAGCAUUAGAGCGUUCGGUUCAAGGCCUGACAGCCGUUUUGCUGAGCCUGAAGAAGAAGCCACAGAUCAGAUAUGAGAAGAUGAGUGGAAUGGCGAAAAAACUGGCGGUCGAAAUGCAUCAUCGCAUUCAGUCUGAGUCAGCUUUGUUCGACUUUCGACUGACUCAAGUUGCGCCACUAUUGCUCAUUCUUGACCGCCGGAAUGAUCCAGUGACUCCUUUGUUAUCUCAAUGGACUUAUCAAGCCAUGGUCCAUGAACUGUUGAACAUACAGAACGGACGUGUCGAUCUCAGUAUGGUACCUGGCAUCAGGCCAGAGCUUUCCGAGAUCACAUUGACGACGUCCACGGAUCCGUUCUUCCAGAGUCAUUUUCUGGACACCUUUGGAGACCUGGGGACAUCGCUGAAAGACUAUGUGCAAUCGUACCAGACACGAUCACUUGCCCAAGCUCCGUCAUCCAUCAACUCUAUCGGAGACAUGAAACGAUUCGUCGAAGAAUAUCCCGAGUUUCGCAAGCUCGGUGGCAAUGUCAGCAAGCAUGUAGCCCUAGUCGGCGAACUGAGCCGACUAGUGGAGCGGGACAAGCUACUCGAAGUGGGAGAGAUUGAGCAGGGCCUCGCAACAAGCGCCGGAUCCGAUCUGCGCAGCGUGCAAGCCUUAAUCGGGAACCCGGUCAUCAAUCCAUGGAACAAACUGCGACUCGUCAUGCUGUACGCUCUGCGCUAUCAGAAAACCCAGGCGGGCAAUAUCGCUUCCCUGAUCAAUCUGCUCUUGUCGAAUGGGGUCUCGAGAGAGGAUGCCCGACUCGUAUAUGUGCUUCUCAACGUUGCAGGGGCUGACCAGCGGCAGGAUGAUCUGUUCUCGAAUGAAUCGCUCUUUGCCAAGGGUCGAUCCGCGUUGAAAGGCCUGAAAGGGGUGGAGAAUGUGUACACCCAACACAGGCCUCACCUUUCGGAAACGCUUGAGAACCUAUUCAAAGGCCGUCUGCGAGAUGUGAGCUAUCCAUUUGUCGAGAACCCGGGGCCUAAUGCCUGGUUGCAACGGCCUCAAGACGUCAUUAUAUUCAUGAUCGGGGGAACCACCUAUGAGGAAGCUCGGGUUGUGUCUUUGUACAACCAGGAUCCCGUUGCUGCAUCCAACGGGGCAAUUCCUGCGGGCUCUGGGACGAGGCUUCUGCUUGGGGGCACUUGCGUGCACAACUCGUCGUCAUAUGUGGAAAUGCUCCGUGCAGCGGCCACAACCUUCUCGUCCUCCGUUUACGACCCACCUCCCGAGUCCGCCUCCAAUGCACCGGCCUUGAAUCUCAAUCUUGGUGGUGUGAAUGUCAGCCUAGGUGGAUCUACAACCGGAGUGUAUCGCUCCAGUGGAGAGGGUGUCGGUGUCCAGACUGAGGGCCUCCGCGACGGCGUGAUGAACUUGAUAGGGAAAGUAAAACAAGGAGUAGACCGCAUAGCUAUCCCAUAAUCGUCUGUAUCCAUCUCCCGCAUCACGCCCAGGCAAAUCUUCGGAUAGGGAAAGUGACACGUAGUUGCUACGUGAUGAGUGAUCACGCGGUCGUGAAUAUUCUAUCACUCCUUGCUUCGCUAUUCGACCGUCUGGUUUCCUUCUCUCUCUCUUCUUGCUCUACUUCUUAUAACUGCGGACGACACUCCGCCCGGUCAAAAUGGCAAAGGGACUUUUCGCUGGUCUUAAAGGCGUUGAUGCCUUCGGCAAGACUUCGGACGACGUCAAAGUUAAGACUCGCACAGGCGCCUUCCUAACUCUUCUCGCAAGUGCCAUUAUACUGGCAUUCACCACGAUGGAGUUCUUGGACUACCGACGGGUCAAUAUCGAUACCUCCAUCGUUGUAGACAAGAGCAGGGGAGAGCGGCUCACGGUGAAGAUGAAUGUCACAUUCCCUCGCGUUCCCUGCUACUUGCUCAGCUUGGACGUUAUGGACAUCAGCGGAGAGACACAGCGGGACAUUACACACAACAUCCUGAAGGCUCGUUUACAGGCCGACGGAUCUGCUGUCCCCGCGGCGGUCACCUCCGAGUUGUCAAACGAGGUCGACAGACUGAACACCGCGCGCGGUGCUGACUAUUGUGGCUCUUGCUACGGCGGUGUCGAACCGGAAGGCGGCUGCUGUAACACGUGCGAGCAGGUCCGACAGGGAUACAUCAGCAGGGGAUGGAGUUUCUCUAACCCCGAUGCCAUUGAACAAUGCAAAGAAGAGGGCUGGUCUGACAAGUUAAAAGAGCAGUCGAACGAAGGGUGCAACAUUUCAGGCCGGGUUCGGGUCAACAAGGUCAUCGGUAACAUCCACCUGUCACCUGGUCGGUCCUUCCAGGCCAGUGCACGGAACAUUUAUGAAUUGGUCCCGUAUUUGCGUGACGACGGCAACCGCCACGACUUCUCACACACCAUUAAUCACCUCUCGUUCCAAGGGGACGAUGAAUACGAUAUGUACAAGGCCAAGAUCGGAGAGUCGAUGAAGCAGCGACUGGGUAUUGGCCAGAAUCCGCUGGACGGCAGUCGUGCUCGGACUUCGAAAUCCCAGUAUAUGUUCCAAUACUUCCUCAAAGUUGUAUCUACACAGUUCCGCACGUUGGACGGGAAAAUUAUCAACACCCACCAAUACAGCUCGACUCAAUUCGAACGAGACUUGAAGGAAGGUGUGCAAGGUGACACCGCUCAGGGUGUCCACCUUCAGCACGGUGUCUCUGGUAUCCCCGGCGCCUUCUUUAACUUCGAAAUCUCCCCGAUUCUCGUGGUGCACUCUGAAGUGCGACAAUCAUUUGCUCACUUCCUGACUUCAACCUGUGCCAUCAUUGGCGGAGUCUUGACCGUCGCCUCGCUCAUCGACGGCAUUCUGUUUGCCACCGGCCGUGCCCUCAAGGGUUCUGGAUCGGCGAACGGGAAAAUGAUGUAGUUUGUAUGUCGUGACACUGAAUAUCUAUUACAUCGGGUUUGGGCAUGAGUACAAAGUCAAGUGAGGCGCAGAUCAUCGUCUCUUAGCGGGCGUUUGAUCUCGCAGCGCGACCUUUCGACGUUUUGUA